AUGGGACGACUCGCGGAAAUGCAGCGUCGGCUGCUCGAGCAAAUGAUGGGUCCGGAGGCUAUGGGCGUCGCGAAUGCGAAUCUCAUCUGGUCAGACGAGAAAGUGUGCAGGAACUUCUUAUGUGGGACGUGUCCCCAUACUUUGUUCACGAACACCAAAAUGGACCUCGGCGCCUGUCCAAAAUCCCACACCGAACGCCUCAAAACCGAAUUCCUAGCCGACCGCGAAGCGAACCCGAACGACCCGACGUUCGCGCGCUUCCAGAUGGAAUACGAGUCGAACAUCUUCGCGUUCGUGGAUGAGUGCGAUAGGCGGAUACGGACGGCGCAGAGGAGGUUGGAGAAGACGCCGGAGGAGAAUGCGAAGACUACGAAUUUGAUGAGGGAAAUUGCGGAAAUUGAGUUGGCUAUCCAAGGAGGAACGGAGAAGAUCGAGACGUUGGGCGAGCAAGGCAAGGUCGAAGAGUCGAUGCAGGAGAUGGCAGCCAUCGAAGCUCUGAAAGGCGAAAAGGCCGAGAAAGAGCGCGAGCUCCAACAACUCACAGAGACCUCCGGCGCGUCCGGGCAUCAGAAGCUGCGCGUGUGCGACGUCUGUGGCGCGUACCUCUCCGUGCUCGACUCGGAUAGACGUCUCGCGGACCAUUUCGGCGGGAAGAUGCAUCUCGGGUACCACGAACUGCGGAACAUGCUCGAUAAAUUCAGGACGGAUCGGGAGAAGCGCAAGUCGCAGCCUGCAGCCUCCGCGCCGUCUGGUCCGGGUGCGGCGAUGGGAGGAGGAGGAGGAGGAGGGGAGAGGGGGGAUAGGGGUGGUGAUAGGGAGAGGGAGAGGGAGAGAGGGUAUGAUAGGCAUUCAUCGCGAUAUGAGUGA